AUGGACGACGACGACCCCACCGUAUCCGGUGGCUACAUGCUGCUCAUCUCCUUGGGCGUGACAGUCGUCAUGCAAUGCAGCUUCUUUGUCGUAGCUUACCUGUGUCAAUUCGACAAGCUCACGGACUUGGCAGGUUCCCUCAACUUUAUCGUCCUGGCCAUCCUGUCCCUCUUCGUCCAAAGCGAGUUCAAGACGCGCGCGAUCGUCGUCACCUGCAUGCAAGUGGCGUGGGCCAUCCGUCUUGGCUCGUUUCUGCUCCUUCGCGUGCUCAAACGGGGCAAAGACGACCGCUUCGACGAGAUGCGCGCCAAUUGUGCAGCCUUCUUUGGGUUUUGGGUCUUCCAGAUUCUUUGGGUCUUUUUCGUAUCCCUUCCAGUCCUACUAGCCAACUCUAGCAGAACCCAAGAGAUGAACGGAUUCGGGGAAGCUCGAGACGUUUGUGGUCUGGUGCUUUGGGCUAUUGGGAUGGCAGUGGAAUACGCCGCUGAUGCGUCGAAAUCGGCUUUCCACGACGAUCCAAAGAACAAGGGCAAGUUGCUGCGCUCGAGUGUGUGGAAGUAUUCGCGUCAUCCGAAUUACUUUGGCGAGAUGCUGUGCUGGGUGGGGAUGACGAUCAUCUGCAGUGCCAACUUUAGCAGUAGCGACAAUGAGACGUGGUUCUUCUAUGUCAGCUGCAUCAGUCCCGUCUUUACGUUCCUAGUGCUCAUGUUCCUCUCGGGCGUGCCAUUGGCUGAAGACCGCAACGACGAGCGCUUCGGCUUGAACGCAACCUACCUCAAGUACAAGCACUCGACCAGCCCCGUGAUCAUGCUGCCGCCUUCGGUCUACGCUCCCCUGCCACUGCCGAUUAAGCGCUGGUGUCUGUUUGAACUGGACAUGUACUCGCGCAAACUACGAGAGCUGCGCGAGAAGCAGCAAUCGUCGCCUACUGAUUACCACGCGAUUUCUGACUAG